GGCACGGGGCCGACGGGACCGAGGACGCGAGCGCCAGGAGCGCAGCGGCGGGGUGGAGUUCAACGUGCUUUUUCCUAGAUGUGAAAGGAAGGGAAGGUCAUUUCAUGCCUUGGUGAUAAAGGUUCAAACUUCUGCUGAAUCAUAAGCAUUUGGCGCUGAGCUAUGACAAGAGAGGAAACAAAAAGUUAAACGAGCCAGCCUGCCGUAAGCGAGAAGCACACUUCCUUGAUAACAUGCUUUUGCGAAGUUCAGGAAAAUUAAAUGUGGGAACCAAGAAAGAGGAUGGUGAGAGUACAGCCCCCACCCCUCGUCCGAAGAUCUUACGUUGUAAAUGCCACCACCAUUGUCCAGAAGACUCAGUCAACAAUAUUUGCAGCACUGACGGAUACUGUUUCACAAUGGUAGAAGAAGAUGACUCUGGGAUGCCUGUGGUCACUUCUGGAUGCCUAGGACUAGAAGGCUCAGAUUUUCAGUGUCGGGACACUCCCAUUCCACAUCAGAGGAGAUCGAUUGAGUGCUGCACGGAAAGGAACGAGUGUAAUAAAGACCUGCACCCCACGCUGCCGCCGCUGAAGAGCAGAGAUUUCGUUGAUGGACCUAUACACCACAAAGCUUUACUUAUAUCCGUGACUGUCUGUAGUUUGCUCUUGGUCCUUAUCAUUCUAUUCUGUUACUUCAGGUAUAAAAGACAAGAAACCAGACCUCGAUACAGCAUUGGGUUAGAACAGGAUGAAACGUACAUUCCUCCGGGAGAAUCCCUGAGAGACUUAAUUGAGCAGUCUCAAAGCUCAGGCAGUGGAUCAGGCCUCCCUCUGCUGGUCCAAAGGACUAUAGCUAAGCAGAUUCAGAUGGUGAAACAGAUUGGAAAAGGUCGCUAUGGGGAAGUUUGGAUGGGAAAGUGGCGUGGCGAAAAGGUAGCUGUGAAAGUGUUCUUCACUACAGAAGAAGCCAGCUGGUUCAGAGAGACAGAAAUAUAUCAGACAGUGUUGAUGAGGCAUGAAAACAUUUUGGGGUUCAUUGCUGCAGAUAUCAAAGGGACAGGGUCCUGGACCCAGUUGUACCUAAUCACAGACUAUCAUGAAAAUGGUUCCCUUUAUGAUUAUCUGAAAUCCACCACCCUGGACACUAAAUCAAUGCUGAAGUUAGCCUACUCUUCUGUCAGUGGCUUGUGUCACUUACAUACCGAAAUCUUUAGUACUCAAGGCAAACCAGCAAUUGCCCACCGAGACCUGAAAAGUAAAAAUAUCCUCGUGAAGAAAAAUGGAACGUGCUGUAUAGCUGACCUGGGUCUGGCUGUUAAGUUUAUUAGUGAUACAAACGAAGUUGACAUCCCACCCAACACUCGGGUGGGCACCAAACGCUACAUGCCCCCAGAAGUGUUGGAUGAGAGCUUGAACAGAAAUCACUUCCAAUCUUAUAUCAUGGCCGACAUGUAUAGUUUUGGACUCAUCCUCUGGGAGGUUGCUAGGAGAUGUGUAUCGGGAGGUAUCAUGGAAGAAUAUCAGCUUCCCUAUCACGACCUCGUGCCCAGUGACCCCUCGUACGAGGACAUGAGAGAGAUCGUCUGCAUCAAGAAGUUACGUCCCUCCUUCCCCAACCGGUGGAGCAGUGAUGAGUGUCUGAGGCAGAUGGGGAAACUCAUGACAGAAUGCUGGGCUCACAACCCUGCUUCGAGAUUGACAGCCCUGCGUGUUAAGAAAACACUUGCCAAAAUGUCAGAGUCCCAGGACAUUAAACUCUGAUAUGAGAGAAAAAGUAAGCUUCUCUGCAGAAAGCCAACAGAUACUUCUCUGUUUGUGGGCCGAGCAAAAGUCGUUAAAGGAGUAUCCACAGUCACAACCUUGAACAUCGUCCUGCUUCCCAGUGGGUUCAGACCUCCCCUCUCAGGGAGCACCCUGGACAGAGACACAAGUUCCCAGAGGCACAGAUUGGUCUGUGUCUGUCUGCAGGAGGGAGGAACCGCUUGGGUAACUUGUUCAAGAUUUGACGCAUGUUGCUUUCUAAGAAAGCCCUGUAUUUUGGGAUUGCCUUUUUUUUUUUUUUAAAGAUGCUUUAAUUUUGCCAAAAUAUAAUAAGUAAUGUGGAUGUUUUAAGGUUUAUACUACUAUAGUUUAAAUAGUAACAGCAAAAGUUCUUCCCAAAAACUCAGCUGGAAGGUAAAUUAAAGUAUGUGUUUUUCCAUUGGUAAAACAUUGUUGCACUCUACAAACCAAAAGUCAGUCUGUGAAGUUGGAGAACAGAGAAUGGAACUCAUCUUACCACCCCCCACGCCCACGCCUGGCUUCCUCAGACCACUGGGGCCAGCCCCGCCUUUGAGGCUGCCUCACAAUGUGAACGCACCUGGGUACAAUACCACCCGUCUAGGACUAGUUUUGGAAUUCCUGUAGGUGGCCUUUUUGCAGCUUCACACAAUAUGGAACAAAUGAAGGUUUUAUGUGAUUCUUACAGAAGUGUAAGAACCACUUCCUGUUUCUGGUUAUGUUAGGCUUUUCUUUCUUGCUAAAAUUCCUUCCUUUUCAUUAAAAGAUAUUUUGAUGUGCAGAGAAUUGACCUUGCAUGCUUUUGAUCUCUCAAAUCAAAGGAUCAAUGUUAAGUAAAAUUGCCACGGUUGUGCUGAAGACAAGAUGCUUUAAAAUAGAUAAUUUGCUCUUGUGUUGUAAGAAGAACGUGUCAGCAAGCUUCAGGGAGGAGGAUGAGGGUGCAGAUGGUUUGUUUCUUAUAUACACAAAGGAGCCAAUCUCAAAAGCACAAGGAAAAAAGUAUAUACACCUUAUUUUCCAUACAUAAGGAUAGUUUCUUUAUGUAACUCUGUCUGUGGUAUGUGUCUGAGUUAAAAGAGAGGAAGCAUCUGUUAAGUUAAUGUAACUAAAUUUUAUUUUGAAAAUACAUAACUGUAACCCUCAAAUAGGACAGGGGAGGAGAGUGAGUGGAGGCCACAAAAUAUUAUAGCUGCUGUGAUUUAUUAUUCUAAAAUCAAUAGGGAUGGAGUGUGUAUGUUUUUAGUGACCAUUUCACACCUAAGGAAUGCUGACUCAUUUUCAUAUUCAACUCACUGUUUAAUUUGUUAAUUUUUCUUUUCUGUAGCACUUGUGCAAAACAUCUCUUUACCAGCUCAGUUCUACAGGGUUUUAACUUUGGAGCAACAUAAAUAAAAUCUCUGACAAGGCUGGUAUUCCUUAGCAGUAGAAAUCGCUAAAGUCUAAAAUUGGCACACGUGUCUCUCAACCUUACACAUUUACAUUUCCAUACUGUAGUUUUCUUUUGCUGCUUAGAAAUUCUGUAGUGGUUAGUAAAGAAUUUGGACGUACUUUCUCUCCCCUUGACCUUAAAAAAAAAAAAAAACACACACCAAAAAGCAUUUCUUCCAGAAUACUCCAGGGGGCAGUGUUUUAUAACACAUUUUCACCACUGGGUGACUGAAGGAUGAAAGAUUUUUGAAAAUUGGACAGCUGCAUGAAAAAUGAGAAAAUAUUUUUCUCACUUCUGAAGUAGGCUUGCAGCUGGUGACUUGUUCAUCCAGAAAACAUCCUAAAGCAGUGAGUGUGAGCUGUGCUUAACAGGUAGGGGGAAUUAGGAGGAGGAACAGUUAUUCUGUAUUUUGCGUUCACUCUCCCAGUGCUGAAUUCAUAGCCACAUAAGCCAUAAGAAAGAAUUUUUUAAUCCUUGAAUUUGAAAAAUUUGGGGGUUUUUUUUUGAAUGAGUAAAAUGGUUGGUUCUAAAUAUAAUUAUAGCAGAAUGCUGCUUUUAUUGAUACUAAAAUAACCUCAAUAGCAAUGUAAAAGUUCCUUCCUCUUGCAUUAAAUAAUAUUCUUUGUGAUAGCUUAGAAGUAAUAUGUGGUUAGAACUUUAAUCAUCUGAGCCUUGGAGAGAAACUUCAGUGCCUCUAAGCAGAUCCUCUACAAACAAAUAGUAAAUAUUUUAUGCCAGUUAAGUGGAAAUGUUUGUAUUUCUUGAGUUUCCCUAAAUUUAGGGAGGUAGGGCUUAUAUCUUAGCUAAAAUUGUGUUUUCUUUUUGGUAAAUACUUGAACAUUGAUAACUUCAAAUCAGAAUAUUUUGUGGGGAGAUGAUUUAAAAGUAAACUAGAUUUCUAAAGGCGGUUUUGGCUCCAGAAUGGGAAGAAACUAAAAUAGUAUCCAGAUUUCUUCUAUAUUAUUUGUUUUGUUGCUUUGAAAAAAAAAAUCAGUAGUUUAUUUUCUGAUCUCUGACCUGAAUUAUUUACUAUGAAUAUUUUAAAAGUAUUUCCGAGAUACUUAAAAAGACCCACUUAGCUAUUAAUAGUCUUUCAAUGGGACAAGAAUUUAUUUAGGGAUAGAUUUUUCUCUGUAUUUUACCAAAGUCUACUUUACUUAGAUAAUACUAAAUUGUUCUUAAAAACUACCUACUUGCUUCCCAGUGCUCUUUAACAUUUUAAAAUUUCUAGUCGCUCAGAGGUGAAUUUUAUUUUUACGUUUUGUCUUUCUCUCAAGAAAGUGAGAACCUGGAAAUUAAUAAUGUAGUUGAUAGUUUACUUUUAGGACUAUUUCAAAGGCUAAGAUUUUCUCCUAACCCCUCCGUUGCAAAGGAAUCCUAAAUUAUUAGUUGUUAGAUACAUUUUGUAUGCCAAGAUGUUCAGGUUUAUAGUUUAUGUUUGUAUAUAUUAUAUAAAUAUAUAUGUAUAUAUAAAUAUUAUGUUCAGUCUGGAGUCUGGGUCAACUCCAUUAUGUGGAUUAGAGAGUAAAAUAUUAUGGUUGAUAAAGUACUAAAUGAAACAUAAUAUUUAUUUAUAAAAGUGUGUAGACAGUUAAAUUACGAGUAAAGUGCUAUGAACAUUAUGAGGAUACAGGCCUUUGACCUCCUGGAAAGCACCGCUCAAAAGCCACUAGUGACAAUUUUUGAAUUCCCCAAACAGAAAGCUUCUUAGAAGGUGUGCUCCGAUUUUAUUUACCGGGAAGCUGUGUCACAUUUCAGCUGAAGUGCAGUCAAGCCUAGCGCGUACUUAGUGAGGACCGCGUUUCAUGUUCCUAGGGUCAUGCAUAUUCAUUAAGAGUUUUAUGUUGUUGGUCUAUUCUGGUUUUCUUUGUUUGUGGGUGGAAAGGCACUGAGAGAAAUAUAAUUUUUUAAACUUGAGCAUGUUCAGUAUUUAUAUCUUCUUAGAAAACUGAGUCAUAUAGAUUAGCAGUGGAAACGAAAGAAGUGGCCUCACAAGUGAUUUAAUUUACCAGUUAUGAUUCCUUUUGUAAAACAAAACAGAACUCCACAGUGCUGUAUUUUUUUGGAGAAGAGUUGGUAAUAUUCAGAGGUUUUGUCUGUUUGAAAAGAAGACUCAUUUGUGUUCUUUUGGGGAACCAGUGCCUUACGGAAUUUGUAUAUACUGUAACUAUUCAGGACUAGGGAACAAUUGUAUUUGUUACAAAUUGUAUAUGGCUUUGUUUUAACAUUCCCCUAAAUAAAAUGGUUUCAUUCUCUCCUUGG